AUGAGGGACGCCUUCGUUUCUUUGCUGGCGUCGCGCGCCGGCAAGCUCGCCCUCUCGCUGCUCUUCGCCCAAUCCGCCCGUGCUCUGACCUUCACACCCGUCCCCUCGCCCAAUCUCAACCUGGCAGAUCUCGGUCGGGUAGCCUUUGCCGGCGACUUCGACUCCAUAUCCAUAUACCAGUAUGAGGGCCAGAACCAGGCAAACACCGGACGCACCGGCGCCCUUCUUUCACGAUACCCCAACGGCCUGUUUGCGCCCAUCAACGAGACCGAUGCCGAUAUCAAGGCCAUGUGCGCGUUUACAUUAAACGGCCAAGACCGCAUAAUUUUCGCAGGCAACUUCACUAGUGUUGGAGACCUCGCCACCCCCGGCGGUGUUGCCCUGCUUGAGCCUACCAGUGGCAAUGUGACAGCAAUCGACGGCUUGACUGGCGCUGUCAACACUCUCUACUGCGACGGCGACCACGUCUUUCUCGGUGGCCUCUUCACCGGCAGCAAUUCUAGCAACGCAAUAAUAUGGAAGAAUGGUUGGCAAGAUCUUUCGUUUGAGGGCUUCAACGGAGCUGUCCACUCAAUACAAAAGGCACCCAACGGGAACAUAAUAUUCGGAGGAGAGUUUAAUGGACUAGGCGGUAAUGCAACAGUAGCCACGGAAAACAACACCCAGACCAUCCCCAUCUCGAAUGCCAGAAUCUCCGCCCAAACAAGCUCGGGACUACCCGGAUUUACAGAACCCACGGACAUCACCUGCAAAGCCGACUUCACCACACAAGGCUCAGGAUCGACAUGGCUGCUCUCAGACCGUGCACCUGGCUUCUGGAAGGCCGAGUUCGGUUUUGGCUUCCGUCCCACUAGCCUGCGUCUCUUCAACACCGAUUACGAGGGCCGCGGCACCAAGACGUUCCGAUACACUGCGCUUCCCGAUGGAGGCAUCAUGAACUUGACAUACUCGGAUCCCUCAAGUGGCCGACCGGCAUUCUGUGACGCCAGAUGCCCGCUUCCGGAAGCCAACACCACGGCACAGGAGUUUAGCUUUGUCAACGUUGUGGGAAUGAAUGCCUUCAGAAUCGACAUCUCGGAUUGGUACGGCGACGGUGCUGGCUUGAAUGGAAUCGAGCUUUUCCAGGACGAAAUGUACUCGUACGCCAUCAACGAAUUCAACGAGCCUGGCAGCUGUAGCACCGCAACCUCUGUACAGUCCGAGUCCUCUUCUACUGGUCCGUGGCGGGUCACACCUUCGCACGACAGCUCUUCCGAGUACCUUACCGCCGUCCUGCAGGGACCAGAUAUCUCUACUGACGCAGCCACCGUCACCUUCUACCCUGAUAUAAGCCAGUCCGGCAACUACUCGGUAACCAUCUACACACCUGGAUGCCAAGGGGACGGCACCUGUGCAAGCCGUGGUCGUGUCAACGUCACCACACAGAUGUCUCAAGACGAAAGGGAUGCAGGCACCACUCUUUGGCAAACAAACAAUUACGACAAGUACGAUGAGGUGUACAACGGACCCAUCGAAAUCCGAGGCGGAUUCCGCCCUUCGGUCACUCUGAGGCCUGCAUCUGGACAAGGGCCCACCCCACUUACUGUCGUUGCCCAGAGGGUCCGUUUCACGCUCCUGAAGGCCACUUCUGGCAACCUCAACGGUCUCUUCGAGUACACUCCCGGUCAGGCACUUGCGGACAUUGAACUUUCCGAUUCUGUCAUCAACCAAGCUGGUGCUAGCCUCGCCCCUCGUGAGAAGGCGGUUGUCAUGAGCGUUGCCACAAGCAAUGACAACCUGUACGUCGGCGGCAACUUCUCAACAACGGAUGGUCGCAACAACAUCUUCCUCGUGGGCAAGAAUGCUGAGCACCCGACUGCGUUGUCAGGAGAUGGUUUGAACAGUCAAGUCAUGACCCUGUUCCUCAACGACGGCACGCUUUAUGUUGGUGGUAACUUCACCAACACCAACGACGGCAAGUCAACCGGACUGAAUGGUGUAGCUGCGUAUGCCAACAAUCAGUGGAAACCUCUCGGCGCGGGUGUUGAAGGCGUUGUCCUGUACAUCGUUCCCUUUUCACUCAACAUCACUGCCAAUACCCCAGAGCAAGUUCUCGCUGUGAGCGGCUUCUUUGGCGCUGUCAAUGCCUUUGAGGGCAAUCCCUCUGCUGCCGUGGAUGGCCUUGCUAUUUGGGUGCCGUCUCAAAGCAACUGGCUGCACAACCUCAACUCGACUUCCUUUUCUGUCUCCGGCAGACUGAUGACAUAUGCGGAUGCAGGAGGUAACCGCUGGUUUGGUGGUUCCAUUACCUCGGGCUUCCUUGGCGCAAGCGGUGCUGCUGAACUGAAUAGUGACAACGAUGAGCUGUCGCUCCGUACGUUCCCCAUCGACAUCAAAGCCCAGCGACAGCAGCGUGCUAUGCGCAAGAGAGCCAUCAUGGACGACGACGACCUACGGACCAUUGGAGUUCGCACUGGCUUCUUUUACAAGGAGAACGGCAUGAACAAGACGAUCUUGGCCGGACACUUCGCCACCGAGGGCUCUGACGGACAGAACAUUACGAAUGUUCUGGUCAUCGACGGAAACGAUUCUGACAAGGUCACUGGCUUUGUGGAGCAGGUCGACACCAACUCGACUUUCGCGGCUGUUGCCGUCAACAACAAUACGCUCUUUGCCGGAGGCGCUGUCACUGGAUCCAUCAAUAACAAGCCCAUUGCUGGCAUCGUUGCUUAUGACCUUUCAUCUAACAGUUUUCCGAGUGUACAGCCGCCAGCGCUUCGUGGGUCUAACGUCUUCGUCAAUGCGAUUGCUCCUCGGCCUAAAUCAGACGAGAUCUACGUCGGAGGAAGCUUUCAGUCCGGUGGGGACUUCACCUGCCCUGGUCUGUGCCUGUGGAACAGCGAAGCCAGUCAGUGGACUCGCCCAAGCAACAGUCUCGAGGGCUUGGUCAACGCUUUGAUUUGGACCUCGGAUACCACACUACUGGUGGCGGGUAACCUGACCUUUGGCGAAAACAGAACGAGCAUCCUUUCGUUCGAUCAAUCGAAGAACCAGUUCACAGAGAUUCCUGGUGCCGAUGCUCUACCGGGACCAGUUACUGCUCUCACUGUAGCCACCAACGACGGCAAGGAGCUCUGGGCUACUGGUAACAGCACUGACGGCACCACGUACCUCCAACGCUUCGAUGGCAGUAAGUGGACGGCUGUCGACAACGCCCUGUUCGGAGCCAACACCGACAUCCGCGGUAUUCAGGUCCUGAGCUUGUCGAAGGAGCACGCCCAGUCGGAUAUUAUAGAUCAAAGACAGGAUCUGUUGCUCUUGGGGCAAAUCAACAUCACCGACUUCGGUACCGCAUCCGGUGCUUUGUUUGAUGGCACCACCUUGGCUCCCUUCCUUCUUGCUACGACUGCACAAAACACCCCUGGAAGUUUGUCAUCGAUCUUUGUCGAGAACCCCAGCAUGUUCUUUAAGCAAUCCAAGAAGCACCUCGCUCUUGGAUUCAUCGUUCUUAUCGCUCUCGCUAUUGCUCUCGCACUCACCUUCCUCCUCGUUGUGAUUGGCAUCGUCAUCGAAUGGUACCGCAAGAGAGCGCAGGGCUAUUCCCCAGCCCCGCAGUCCUACCCCGACCGCCUAGGCAAUGUAGGGCGGCUACCGCCUGAGCAGCUUUUCGGAACACUGAGCGGGCCACGAGCACCGGCGAUAUGA